CAGCAAGUCAGACCGUCAAACACGUCGACAAGUCUGACGCAAAACAAUCCCCGGAAAAUUCACGAAAUUCCCUAAUUGUAACUAAUUCCCCGGUAUUUUCCGAGCAGGAUGGCGACCCUCAAGGAAAGGCAGAUAUGCGCUAUCAAGCAGAUGCUGAACCUGAAUCAGCCCCAGACGAAGACAGUCGCUGCUGAGCCCGUCUGGAAGAUCCUGAUAUACGACAGAGUCGGUCAGGAUAUCAUUUCUCCGCUGAUAUCAAUUAGAGAGCUUCGGGAAUUGGGCGUGACGCUGCAUGUGCAACUGCAUUCAGACAGAGACACCAUCCCAGACGUGCCGGCGAUCUACUUCUGUGCGCCCACGGAUGAGAAUCUGGGCCGAAUUUGCCAGGAUUUCCAGAAUGGAUUGUACGAUGUCUACCACCUGAACUUCAUCUCGCCCAUUUCCAGACAGAAGCUGGAGGAUUUGGCCGCGGCGUCGCUGCAGGCCAAUUGCGUGGCCAACAUCCACAGAGUGUACGAUCAAUAUGUGAACUUCAUCACGCUGGAGGACGAUAUGUUUGUCCUGAAGCAUCAGAAUAGCGACAAUCUCUCCUAUUACGCCAUCAAUCGCGCCAACACGCAAGACGUGGAAAUGGAGGGAAUCAUGGACAGCAUUGUGGACAGUCUGUUCUCUGUGUUCGUCACACUGGGCAAUGUGCCUAUUAUUCGAUGUCCUAAGAACACGGCUGCCGAAAUGGUGGCCCGGAAGCUGGAGAAGAAACUGCGGGAGAACCUGUGGGACGCUCGCAACAAUCUCUUCCACAUGGAUGCGUCCCAGGCGGGCGCCUUCAGCUUCCAGAGACCCUUGUUGAUCAUCCUGGACAGAAAUGUGGACAUGGCGACGCCUCUGCAUCACACCUGGACGUACCAGGCAUUGGCUCACGAUGUCCUGGAGCUGUCACUGAAUCGAGUCACAGUGGAGGAUGAUGAGAAGCCGGUGGGAGGGGCUCGACCGAAGGGCAGAUCGUGCGAUCUCGACAGCAAGGACAGAUUCUGGGUAUCGCACAAAGGCUCGCCGUUUCCAACAGUGGCCGAGGCAAUCCAGGAGGAGUUGGAGCAGUAUCGUAGCUCCGAGGACGAGAUCAAGAAGCUGAAGUCGACGAUGGGAAUCGAUGCGGAGAGUGAAGUGGCCUUCUCGAUGGUGAAUGACAACACAGCUCGCCUGACCAGUGCUGUGAACUCCCUGCCGCAGCUCAUGGAGAUGAAGCGCCUGAUUGACAUGCACACGAAGAUCGCGACAGCCAUUCUGAACUGCAUCAAGGCGCGGCGACUGGAUUCUUUCUUUGAGCUGGAGGAGAAGAUCAUGUCCAAGGCAGCGCUGGAUCGCAGCCUCACUGAAAUCCUCACCGAGGGUGAGUUUGGAACGCCGGAGGACAAGAUGAGACUCUUCAUAAUCCACUACAUCUGCAAUGGGAUGACGGAGGUGGAGUACCAGCGCCUGGAGACCAUCCUUCAGGAAGCUGGGUGUGAUAUGUCAGCCAUGCCGUACAUCCAGCGCUGGAAGUCAAUCAUGCAGCGCUCCUCAUUGCCUGUGAACAGCCAUUACGAGGGCGGAGGCACCAAGACAGUGUCCAUGUUCUCAAAGCUGGUCUCGCAGGGCUCGUCCUUCGUCAUGGAGGGCGUUAAGAAUCUUGUGGUGAAACGUCACAGCUUGCCAGUCACGAAGAUUACUGAGCAGCUGAUGGAGUGCCGAAGUGGAGGGGAGAUUGAGGAGUACGUUUAUCUCGAUCCAAAGCUGCUGAAGGGAGGAGAAACAGCCCCGAAGAAUCGAGCCCCAUUCCAGGAUGCCAUUGUGUUCAUCGUGGGCGGUGGAAAUUACAUAGAGUAUCAGAAUCUUGUGGAUUUCAUCAAGCAAAAGCAAACAUCCAAUUCCACUCGGAGAAUAAUUUACGGAGCUUCAACACUGAAUAACGCUAAGCAGUUCCUCAGACAGCUUUCCUUGCUCGGACAGGAGAUCAAGAACACCAAUUAGCUUGUUACACCGCGUUUAAAAAGGCAUUAGGAUUAUCAAAUUUUUAUCAGAGGAAAUAAAGAGAAAUAU